AUGUUUUGAUUUGAGAGUUCGUUCUAAUGACUAUUUGGUCCUUGAUGUGAAAUCCAGCUCAAAAUUCACGGAAUUGAGGAAAAAAGAAUGAUGUACUUCUUUAAUAUUUUCGUUCGCGUCUUAAUGUUCUUAGGCUUCUUCCAGUUAACUACAGGUUUAUCGUGUGAUGUUUUUGGAGGCAAACGUUUGGAAUGUGGAAAUAAUGCACAACAGCAGGAUCAAUGUCCAAAAACAUGUUGCUUUAACCAAACAGUCAAUCCUCCUUGUUAUUUUAAUAAAAAAGGCUAUGGUCCUAUUAAACACGCAAACGGACUUUGCAUAAAUGUACAAGGUACACAACGUCUCAUUUGGUCAAGUGACUGCACUUCAAGAAAUACUUUUUUCUUGUUGUCAUAUGACUAUCCACCUUAUCACGUGACUACAGGAAAAUGUAUUUUACCAUCCAAUCCGAAUCUUGCUAAUCCUGGGACAAGAGUUGAACUUUUUCUAACAGAGAGUAGAUAUUGCGGCGGCUCAGUAGGAAGAUACCGACCAAUCAAGAAUGGAAAUUUAGACUACUUUUAUACUAAUACACCAUACAAAAUAUGUAUUGGUGGUUCAACUGUAGUCAAUAAUGAAUGGCAGCCUAAUGACAAUGAAAUUGUCUUUAUCAAUGAAAAAGUCUGUGAUCUUAAUAAUUCGUGCAAAUUCAACUAUGUUUACGAAAGGAAGAUUGAGAACGGAAGUGAUUUAAAUAUCCAAUGUGAUGAAAAGUGCUCUAAUUGGGUCAUUGAAAUGCGUUCAGCUGAAUUUGGUGUUUUGUUAAAAGAAAGGGGGCGAACUAGAAAACCAUAUGGGAUAUCUUCGAUAGAAAAAGACUGUCUGUCAACGUCAGCGUUGAGUGUUGCGCAAAAUCAGUGCAACGGAAAGAAAAAAUGUUCGUUUACAGUACGGAAAGAGGAUUUCUUAACAAGACCAUCCAGUUGCAGCGAAACAUCAACACUACUUGUUUACUACACUUGCAAAACGCCUAAAUCAAGUUUAUCGUGUGAUGUUUCUGGAGGCAAACUUUUGGAAUGUGGAAAUAAUGUACAACUACAAGAUCAAUGUCCAAAAACAUGUUGCUUUAACCAAACAGUAACUCCUCGUUGUUAUUUUAAUGAAAAAGGCUAUGGUCCUAUUAAGCACGCAAACGGACUUUGCAUAAAUGUACAACGUACACAACGUCUCAUUUGGUCAAGUGACUGCACUUCAAGAAAUGCUUUUUUCCUGUUGUCAUAUGACUAUCCACCAUAUCACGUGACUACAGGAAAAUGUAUUUUACCAUCCAACUUGAAUCUUGGUGAUCCUGGGAACAACGUUGAACUUUUACUAACAGGGAGUAGAUAUUGCGGCGGUCCAAUAGGAAGAUACCGACCAAUCACGAAUGGAAAUUUAGACUACUUUCAUACUGAUACACCAUACAAAAUCUGUAUUGGUGGUUCAUCUGUAGACAAUAAUGAAUGGCAGCCUAAUGACAAUGAAAAUGUCUUUAUCAAUAAAAAAGUCUGUGAUGUUAAUAAUUCGUGCAAAUUCAACUAUGUUUACGAAAGAAAGAUUGAGAACGGAGAUGAUUUAAAUAUCCAAUUUGAUGAAUCGUGCUUUAACUGGGUCAUUGAAAUGCGUUCAGCUGAAUUUGGUGUUUUGUUAAAAGAAAGGGGGCGAAUCGAAAAACCAUAUGGGAUAUCUUCGAUGAAAAAAGACUGUGUGUCAACGUCAGCGUUGAGUGUUGCGCAAAAUCAGUGCAACGGAAAGAAAAAAUGUUCGUUUACAGUACGGAAGGAGGAUUUCUUAUCAAGACCAUCCAGUUGCAGAGAAACGUCAACACUACUUAUUUACUACACUUGCAAAACGCCUAAAUCAAGUUUAUCGUGUGAUGUUUCUGGAGGCAAACGUUUGGAAUGUGGAAAUAAUGUACAACAACAGGAUCAAUGUCCAGAAACAUGUUGCUUUAACCAAACAGUAAAUCCUCCUUGUUAUUUUAAUAGAAAAGGCUAUGGUCCUAUUAAACACGCAAACGGACUUUGCAUUAAUGUACAAGGUACACAACGUCUCAUUUGGUCAAGUGACUGCACUUCAAGAAAUGCUUUUUUCUUGUUGUCAUAUGACUAUCCACCAUAUCACGUGACUACAGGAAAAUGUAUUUUACCAUCCAACUUGAAACUUGCUGAUCCUGGGACAAGAGUUGAACUUUUUCUAACAGAGAGUAGAUUUUGCGGCGGUCACGUAGGAAGAUACCGACCAAACAAGAAUGGAAAUUUAUACUACUUUCAUAAUGAUGGACUAUACAAAAUCUGUAUUGGUGGUUCAUCUGUAGUCAAUAAUGAAUGGCAGCCUAAUGGCAAUGAAGUUGUCUUUAUCGAUGAAAAAGUUUGUGAAGUUAAUAAUUCGUGCAAAUUCAACUAUGUUUACGAAAGAAAGAUUGAGAAUGGAGAUGAUUUAAAUAUCCAAUGUGAUGAAUCGUGCUCUAACUGGGUCAUUGAAAUGCGUUCAGCUGAAUUUGGUGUUUUGUUAAAAGAAAGGGGGCGAAGUAGAAAACCAUAUGGGAUAUCUUCGAUGAAAAAAGACUGUCUGUCAACGUCAGCGUUGAGUGUUGCGCAAAAUCAGUGCAACGGAAUAGAAAAAUGUUCGUUUACAGUACGGAAGGAGGAUUUCUUAUCAAGACCAUCCAAUUGCAGAGAAACAUCAACAUUACUCGUUUACUACACUUGCAAAACGCCUAAAUCAGUGGUUAGCACAACAACAGUAACACAAGUCAACCCUUUGGCAAAAAGUAAUCCUUUACCUGCUGUACCCAGCACGGAAGCCACCUUACCCAACAGCAAUACUUCACCCAGCAAGAAAACCACGAUGGCAGACCUUCAAAAUACAUUGACAAAAUCAAGUAAGAAAGAUAGCGACAACUCAGGUGUUAUUGCAGGUGCUGCAGUUGGGGCUGUUUUGCUGGUUGUUCUACUUGUAUUAAUCAUCUUUUUCUUCUGCCGCAGACGUCGAAAGCCAAGAGCCGAUCAUUUUUAUUCUGAAGCCGUUAACUACAACAAAAAAUCAAGAGAAGAAGAACUUUUAGCUGUUAGUAUCAACGAUGAAAGCGAGCGGCCAUCUCCUGAAAACAUUGAGAAAAAGAGAAACGUUGUUACGGCACCAUCAGAUGAUGUUUACGCAACACCCGACCAAGCUGAUGAAACUGCUGUGGGACCAUCUAACCACCUUUACGAAAAGCCCGACAAGACUCAAGAAAAUGACAUAAUAGUACAAUCUAACGACUUGUACGCAUAUCCCGAAGAAACUGAUAAAAAUAAGAUUAUGGUACAACCAAACGAAUUAUACGCAUUUCCCGACGAAACGGAUAAAAAUAAGAUUGUGGGGCAAUCUAACGACUUGUACACAUUACCCGACAAAACUGGAGAAAAUAUGACUAAGGCACCUUCUGGUGACUUGUACAGCAAACCUGACAAGACAGGAAAAGAAGAGAGUCAAUACGAGAAUAGACCUGAGAGUAUCGCCUACGCUAACAACCAAGUCUACAGCUCUGUAAACGAAGACUCUGGGAUAAAGAUAACAAGAUUUUUAAUGUACGUUCAAGAGAUGAAAAAGAGCGAUAAUUUUGGUUUUAAAAAAGAGUUCGAGGAAUUACCGACCGGUCAAAUACAUCCUUGGGAUGUCGGUAAAAGUGCCAAGAAUGCGAAAAAGAAUAAAUAUAACAAUAAUACCGCUUAUGAUCAUUCGCGGGUUAUUUUAUCAGGAGCAGACAGUUACAUCAACGCAAACCUCAUUCAGGGAAUCCAGUCAGAAGUUUAUAUAGCUUCACAAGGUCCUAUGGCUGACACUGUAAACGAAUUUUGGCGGAUGAUAUGGGAGCAAGAUUGCACGUCUAUCAUAUGUUUGACUAAAAUCGUGGAAAUGGGCAAGGUAAAAUGUUUUCAAUACUGGACAGAUGAAGAGACAAGCUUUGGUGAAAUCGUUGUCAAAACAAGAAAGACUGAAAUGUUUGCCGACUACGUCAUACGAUAUUUGGAUGUGAAAAAGGGUGGUACAACGAAGAAGGUCACCCAGUAUCAUUUUCUCUCAUGGCCUGACCACGGUGUACCUAGAUACCCCACGAAACUUUUAGUCUUCCGACAACGUUUCCGAGCAAUGCAUUUGGUUGACACUAAGCCAAUCGUUGUACAUUGCAGUGCUGGCGUUGGCAGAACAGGGGCGUUUAUCGCACUGGAUAUGAGUCUGCGUCGUAUUAGUGAUUUGAAUCAACCAACAGUGAAUAUUAAAGAAACCGUUCAAGAUAUGAGAAAUCAAAGGAUCAAUAUGGUUCAGACGUUGGAACAAUACGUCUUCGUUUACGAAGCCGUCCUCGAGAUCAUUCUCUGUGGCCUUACAGAAAUUGCAGCACAAGAUUUACGAACUGAGGUCGAAAGACUUGAACAAAAGGAAUUAAACAAGUCUUUGAAUGGAUUUGAAAUCGAAUUCAAUACACUUAGUUCAGUUCGUCCUUCAUUCACCGCUGAAGAUUGUGCGACAUCUUUACUUCCUGAGAAUCAAUCUAAGAACCGUGACAUGAACAUUUGUCCAGCGGAAAAUUCCCGUGUGUAUCUUUCUGGAGCCAAAGACGGAGAAGAAUGUUAUAUCAAUGCAACCUACGUGCACGGAUACACUCAAGCCAAGGCCUACAUCGCCACGCAAACACCACUUGCUCACACCAUCAACGACUUCUGGAGGAUGGCAUUUGAAAGGAAAACGGUCGUCAUAGUAAUGUUGAAUACCAUUAGCGAGGGCUUGGAAAGUUAUCCUAAGUAUUGGCCCGAAAAACCCAACAGGGAGCUACAGUAUGGUGAUUUAUUUGUGGAACUGAUGUCGUUCGAGAGUCGUGGACCCAUCGUCCUGCGUAAAUUUAUCAUCCGCAGCAAAAGCACGGAAGAAGCAGUUGUGGAACACGUUGUCAGACAUGUGCAGUUCACGAGGUGGCCUGAACACGAGUUUCCAAAGAACUACGAUGUCGUCCUUGAUCUUUUGAACGCCGUUGAGGAAGCGCAACAGCGUUCUCCCAACGGAGUGGUAAUUGUUCAUUGUAGCAAUGGAGCACAUAGGACUGGGACCUAUCUGACAUUGGCCAUCCAAAGAGAUCGUAUUCGAACAGAGCAUGUACUUGAUAUCUUCCGAUGCAUCAAAGUGCUGCGAGAAGAACGCCCACAGUUCGUUCCUAAUGUGGAACAUUAUCGGUUCUGUUACUACGCCAUGUUAGCCUUCGUUGAAUCGUUCAAGACUUACGACAACAUUCCCAAAGUUCAAAAGGAGUGAAGUAAUUUUUUCCUAUUAUUAUAAGACAUCAUCAAAUGAAUUUCAUAAUGUUCGAUUAUUUGCGUCAAAACUAGUCGAAAUAGAUCCUCAAAAGGAGUUUUCGCACCUGUCAGACAGGUCAGUUCCAAAAAAAAUAUGAACGCAUUAUGUUUUAAUCACAAUUAAUUUUUAAUAGAAACUAACGAAGCAUGACAUGUAUGUUUAAAUCUUACCCACCCCCACCCCCCUCCCCCUUUUCUGAUUAUAAACUUUCUGCUGUCUUGAUGAAAACUGAGAAAAAUACGACAAGAAAAAUAAGGAAAAUACUUAAUUCUUACGUUUUAUAAACAACGAUAGUUGCCCGUAAAAUUUUGCUAUUUAUGGGACCUACCCUAAACUUUAACAUCAUACAAUCCUUUACUGGCACUCAAAUAUUGGGGGUUGUUGCAUUAAAAUUGAUAAGAAUAAUUACAGAAAAAGGAUAUUUGAUGAGGUUUAAAUAUUUUGAAUAUAGUUAUCGUUCUUUGAAUAGAGGUUUAAAUAUUUUGAUUAUAGUUAUCGUUCUUUUAACAUACGGAUUUGUGUUUCAAUUACUUUGUAGCUAGCUGCUGGACGGCAGGAUUUGCUUGUAAUGUAGAAUGUAGACAUCUUGUGAAAUAAAAAAUUUAUUUACUGAUCAAA